CAUGGCUCCGCGGUUUGAAAUCGCAGUUGGUCUGCGUAAAGGCCACAAAACUACCAAGAUCUCAGCUGGUAGGAAAGGCAUUACAGACAAAGCCAUCAAAAUCCGCCCCGCCAGGCUAAAGGGUCUGCAAACCAAGCACUCCAAGUUUGUCCGUGACCUGGUCCGCGAGGUCGUCGGUCACGCUCAGUAUGAGAAGAGGGCUAUGGAAUUGUUGAAGGUGUCGAAGGACAAGCGCGCCCUCAAGUUCCUGAAGCGUCGCCUGGGCACCCACAUCCGCGCCAAGAGGAAGCGUGAGGAGCUCAGCAACGUUCUCACACAGAUGAGGAAGGCCGCCGCCCAGGCUCACCACCACCACUAAGUGACAAAAUAAAUCUAGGCUUAAAGUAAA